AUGAUGCAAAUGGCGGAACAAGGGUGGAGCACACAGUUGCUGCAACGCCUCUGCAUCAACUAUCUAGCUCUGGGCCAAUUUGAGCUGGCUCGAGGUGUCAUUCAGGAGCUGAAGCGCCUCGAUGGAAGCAAUGCAGAAAACAUCUUGCAAGCUAUCGUUAAAGAGAGCACAUCUCUGCGGGGUUGGCUGGCGUCAGCAGGAGUGCCCUCGCACGCCCUCCUCGCAUGGCUUGCGAGGUGCGAGCUAGCAUUGUCAAUAGGAGAAGAAAGCCUCUCUGAGAGGGGAGCACGUGUUGAGCGUGCGCUGCUCCAGUCGAUUGCAGCUCCUCUGAUUGAAAAUGAUCGUUCUGCGCGGCAACGUGAAGCCCCUCCUGAUGGUGGUGCGCUGAAGGCCGAGGAUCAGACGCUGUGGCAGUCCCGGAAAGGGGCGGCGCAUGACCGAAAGACAGAAGAGGCAGAGGGAUCGCAGAGAGCGCCAGCAUUGGUCCCAAGCCAGGAAUUGUUGCAUUGGCUUCUCCAGCAUGAGCCCCAGCUGUUCAAGUACCUGGUUCAAGAUGGAUCGUCUGGGCCCACCUCCGAGCUGCUAAUGCAGCAAUGGGCGCAGGACUUAAGUGGGGCUGACUUGCAAGCCAUCACCCAGACCAUUGCACACAGUGUCAAGGAAGGGGACAACGAAUCCCUCAAGGAGCAUAGGGUGCUGCUUGACCGGACCCUGAGACUCGUGAAGGAUCAAGACGCUUCCAACGCCCUUCCCCAGGCGCAAAGCAGACUGUGGGGGGCAGUGGUAGCAAGUGGUGUCGAAGUCAUUGAUGAACUCUUGCAGGUGGCCCAGGAUGACCUGCUCGCCUCCAACUCAAGAGCAGCUGCCAGUGACACGGCAGGGAGCCCCCCCUUGGCCCAGCUGCGCGCCAGCCUGCACACGACCCGCAGCACGGGGCCAACAACAGAGCAGGCCGCCCAGGCGUGCGUGGGAGAGCUGUUCCAGCACGCCAGGGUGACGCGCAGCCACGUCCUGGAGACGGUGCUCCAAGAGGCACUGCGGGCAGCCCAGGAGCAGGACAUGCACAAGGCGGCCGAUGUGCUGGUGCCCUUCCCCGCGCUGGCCCCCCUGCUGGCGGUCAUGGCCUGGGACCUGCACGCCGGGAGCGUGGCCGCCCGCCAGGACAGCCUGCAGCGCCUCUGGCACCACAGGGCCCGCGCGGCGCGUGCAGGGCACCCCCAGGCAUCUCCACUGGAGGCCUUGUGCAGCCAGCUGGCAUACCAGCUGCAUGCAGCCCAGACCGUGGCGGCAUCAUCCUCGGGGGAUGGCACCGCUCAGGCGGACGACUUUGCAGCCAACCUGUUGUUGGCGCGGCUGGCAGCGGGAUCGUCGAUCCAGGUCUUGACAGACCCCGCGUUGAGCGUCCCGCCGGACCUCGCGCUUCGACUUGUCAGCGAGCAGCCCAUUCCGCUCUCCAGACAAGAUGCGCAGGCACGGCAGCACGACGUGGAGCUGCUGCGCAUGCACCUCGCCCUGCAGGCGGUCCUGCGCGCAAUCGAGCAGGCCUCCGCCCAGCACGCACAGCAGGCGCAAGCUGCGCUCCAGGAAGCGGGCCAACACAUGGAAGCCGUCAGCAACUCGGGGAAGAAGGCCUGGCUGGUGGUUACUCUGGCGUCGCUGCUUCAGCUGCCGCACGCCGCCCCGCCCCUCGUCCCCACACAGCUCCCCCUGCGGACCCCCCCAGCCGACCCUCCCGUGCCGGCGCCGUCGCUUGCGGCCCGCUUCGUGUCGUUCCUCCAGCACCACCUCCCCCGCGGCGAGGCCUUCCUCCCCAGUUCGGCCAGCAAGGCCCCUCCCGCUCCCACUGGUAGCACCUCGCGCGCACGGGAUACCAACGCUGCUCGCCGGGUGUGGGCGCGCAAGGUGGCCGCCUGGCACACCCGCUUCGCGGACUGGCUCUGGCGGCUGCAGCUGCUCCAGCGCGUGGCCGACAGCCAGGGCCAGCCCGCGGCCUGGCGGGACUGCACAGCCGCCCUGGCCGCCACCCCCGCGCAACUGCUCGACAGGUUCACUCGCACGGGUGACUUGGCCCUUGCCCGCCAGGUGGCCACGCGCUUCGCCCUGGUGCCGCCCGAGACCAGCGCGCUCGAGCUGGCGGAGUGGCUGGAACAAGCCACAACGACCCUGGAGGACGGGCGGUCCUCCCGGGGCUCCAAGGACGUCCUCGACCUGGCGCCGCUACAGCAGCGCGUGUCGACGCUCACUGCGCUCCUAGCCUGCUUGGACGUGGCCCUCUCGGCGGUGCCGUCUUCGGGAGGCGCCACUCGCGUGCUGGCACAGGCGCGAGGCUUGGCCCAGCAGUGCCGGGAGCGGCGCGCUGCAGCGCUGUCGGGGAGCGAGAAGGACGUCCCCGGACCCGACGGCAGCAGCAAGUCCCGAUCGGCGCACCUGUUCCGCUUCAGCCGCAAGGGCCACCGAAGGAGCGGCUCCGGCAGCGACGAGGAGCGCGCAGAGCCGGGGGACGACUGGGCGGCGCAGCGCGUGCAGGCGCUCUUCCACGUGGCGGACAGCCUGCUGCAGCGGCUGGCGGACACGCAGAGCAGGGAGCCGUCCGUGCCUCUCCCGGCUCUGCUUGCGGGCACUGCGGACGGUGCCUCCAACACGCCUCCAAGUGGCGCUCACGCGGGGCCCGACGUCCGCGCGAUCACCGCCCUUCAAGCCGCCAUCAAAGACGCGCACGACGGGAAGCGCCAGUUUCUGAGCGGCAAGUUGCACAACCUGGUCAAGGCUCUCGCAGGCCGCGACCCUGACACCGACCCCGCCACACCCGCCAAGCCCAAGCAGCGCAAAACGGCUCCCCUGCCAGGCCCCCUCUCCCUACUAGGCCUCGGAGUGGCACCCGCCCCCGUCGGCGCGCUCUCCCCGUCCUCCAGCGGCGGCGACCUGCGGCUGGGGUCGUGGGGCAGCGCGCUGGACGGGGACAGCAGCACGCCGGCUUCCCCCCUGGCGGCCGCUGCGCUACUGGACACGGGGGGCGUGCGCGCGAGCGGGCUGGCGGCGCUGGUGCACUACGUGGCGAGCAUCGGGGACAUCAUGGACGAGGUCGACACGACGCACACGUACAACUUCUUUGCCAUCCUCUACCAGAGCCCCGCUCACCUACUGGCGCAGCUCGCCUUUGAGCGCGGGAGCACCGACACCGCGUCGCGCGCGGCGGAGCUCAUGAGUGUGGACCUGGUCCGCCAGCUGCUCUCGUCCAGCCUGCGCCCCGUCCUGCCGCCUGCUCACCCCGCCCCCACGCCGGGGCAGCAGCCUGCGCAGCCGCUGGAAGUGGAGGUGGCGCACUUCGUGGCCCGCGCGUCCCCGCAGCAGGCCAUCCUGGCGGCGCGCUACGGCAGCUUGCCAGGGCCCGGCCAGCACGAGGGCGAGGGGGAGGCGGCCAGGAGGCGGGGCCUCACCGACGUGGCGCUCAGCACGGCCAAGAGUUUUCCUGUGCUGCGGCGCUGGCUUCGUCUUCACGAGGAUGUGCCUCAAGUUCCGCCCACCCCACUCGAGUCCCCGCCCCCGCCCCCAGCGGCUGCGCAUCCCUCGGGCGUACGCUUCAAGCGGCUGCGACCAGCGGACUCCCCCGAGCGUGAGGACGCGGCAGCCAGGCCGGCACCAGGCCUGCCGAGCGGUACUCUCGUGCAGCCGGAGGAGCUGGAUGGGCGCAAGCGGGUGUCCCUCGGGACGAAGCGCCGGCCGUCGGAGCUGGUCGAGUGGGAAGACGAGGCUGGGUACGCCGCGAAAGUGCGUGAGCUGAUGCGCCGGGGGGCCGUCCAAGAUGCGGUGGAGCUGGCGGACAGUCGCCUCGUCGCUGGAGCGCCGGACGAGCUGCUGCUGGCCGUCAUCGAGCAAGAAGGCACGCACGGCGGGCAGGCUCGGGAAGGGGGACAGCUGCAGGCCUGGCAGGCUUGCACCAGGCUACGCGACAAACAGACGGCAGCGCGCGCGGCGCUCAGGUGCUUACGGCGGUGGGGCCGCGAGCAGGGGGAGUCGGUGCUGGCGGUGUGCGCGGCGCACCUCCCCGCGGGGAGUGCACUCCGGGACGAGGUGCUGCAGCGCAAGCAGCAGCUGGCGAGAUACCAGCAAGUGCUCAAGGCCGAUCCCAGCCUGAACACGUGGCAGCAGGUGGAGGACCUGUUUGCGGCGGACCCCGAGGGGCUGGCCCUGCGCCUCUCGUCCAAGGGCGCUGUUGGGGCCGCGCUGGAGGUGGUGCAGGCAGCAGGCCUGCACCCCGGCCUACGCCACGAGCUGCAGAGCCGCCAGCUGGCGCACCUCGUAGGCGGGGCGGUCGCGCAGGGGGGUGGCCCGGCCGUCGCGCUGCGCUACUUGCGGGAGCUGCCACAGGGGGAAGACGCGGUCGCCGUGGUCACGGGGGCGCUGCCGCAGCUGGGGCGGAUCAAGGACAAGAGCCUGCUGGUGCGCUACCUGGUGUCCCAUCCGGCCCCCGGCCUCCCCCCGCCUGACGCUGCUCGGCUGCACUCGCUGGCGGCCGGCCUGGCGGCGCUGGCCCGCUUGCCGCCGCCGUGGCAGCAGCGGUGCGGCCACCUGGCGGAGCAGCCCGACCUGGUGCUGGAGAGCCUGCUCAUGGCGCAGCAGUUUGCCACGGCGCACCAGAUGCUGCGCGCGUGCCCUUCCCUCCAUGACGACGCCCUCGUCGUACGCUACGCUGCCAAGGCUCUCGCGCCUCCCUCCGCUGGCGCGGCCGCCGCCCCCUCACUGCCAGCCUCCAAGACCGCUGCCGGCUCCGCCCUGCCCCAUUCGCGCGCUGCCCCUUCCGACUCCCAGCGCACCAGCGGCAGCCCCGCUGUACCCCGCCCCCGGCUGGAGCGGCCUGCGGCGAGCAGCCUGCGAUCCAUCAGCACCGCGGGCGGGCUGCGAGGCGUGUUGGCGAGCCCCGACGGGCAGAGCACGCCGCGGCGCAUCUCGUGGGCGGCCGGCACCAGCACCAUGUGGGCGGCCGCCAGCCAGUUCACGCGCGGCCUGCUGCACCGAGGUGGUGAAGGAACGGAGAGCCCUCGCGUCCCGAGCAAGGCCCGCCCGGCAGAGCGGCCCCUGACGCUGCCUCCCUCCCAGAGCGCUGCUUGGGAGGCCAUGGCCGGGCCGGCUGACGCGCGGGGGGCCGCCCUGGCGGAGGGCGCUCCCAAGGGGCGGGUCGUGGGCGACGGCGUGCUCACGGGGGACGCCGACAAGGACGACAACACGCGGCGGAGCCACACCUUUGAAGCAGCCCCCAGCGCCGCCAUGCUCAAGGAAAUUCUGCCACUGUGCUCCAACGUGCCGGGCGUGGUGCGCGAGUUGCUGGCAGGCUUGGAGCGCACGGUGUGGGCCGCUUUCGGUGUCCCGGCGGCCAGCGCGGCCACCAUGGAGCAGGGGCUGCGGGCAGCGGACGCCUAUGCCCAGGCUGUGCAGCACAUGGAGGCCCUCCUUUCAGCAGACGCUGCCGCUGCCGGCGACGAGGCCCUUCGGUCGCGGCCGCCUUCCUUGCUGCCACAGGUGGAGAUGGUGCGCGCCCUGCUGCGCGCGGGCGUGCCCGUGUCCCUGCCCGAACUGCGGGGGGAGACCGAGCGGCGGGGCCUCUGCGACCGGCUGCUCCAGGACGAGCGCUUCGAGCUGGCGCACGCGCUGUGCACUAAGUGCGGGGGCCCGGUGGAAGCAGUGGAGCUGGCGUGGGGCAUCGCGCUGCUGGCCACGCGCCACUACUCGCAGGCGCACGCCCACCUCCGGGCUGCGCUGGAGCUGCUCCCGGACCCUGCUCGCCUCGAGGCGGUGCAGGCCAUCGUGGCCGCCAUUGAGGGCGCUCCCCCCGUCGACCUGCCGCACACGCGCACCCUGUACUCGGAGGUGGCGCGCAGCGUGGCCCUCUCCUCGGAAGAGGCCUUCUCCUUUGACGCGUACCUCAACGUGCUUAAUGCGCCCCCCGAGCAGCGGCCGCCCCCUUCGCGCCGCUCCUCUGGGGAGCAGCCGGAGGCCGCAAGGGCGGGUGGGCCGGAGGCGCCGACGGACAACCGGGCGGACUACCUGGACGACGAGAGGAAGGACCACGCGGUGCAGUACUUGCGCCAGUACCACCCCUCGGGCGUGCUUCCGUUCUUGUUCCGGCACGGCCGCUUCGGGGAGGCCUGCCACGUGUUUCUCGCGCACCUCCCCCCUUCACCCGCCCCUGCCCCGCCGACGCCACCCCCGCAGGCUGGGCCAGCCCCGCGGCCGACAGCCGGCGGUGGUGAUCCGCUAGUGUCGGCGGUGGGCACGCUAGAGGAGCUGUGCGAGCUGUGCGUCGCGCACGGCGCCAUGCCCGUGCUGGAGCGAGCGGUGGCGGAGCGCAGCCAGGCGGCAGGGGAGGACGGGGCGGCGCAGCGGGGGACGGUGCUCGCCAAGAUGGCCGCCUUCUGCGAGGCGCACCGCCACUUUCACCACCUCCACCGGAUCCAGCUGCUGCUGGGGGACCCCGUCGCGGCGGGCCUCACGGCCAUCCAGCUCUUCCAGAACUCGGCCACCGCCGACGAGGCCGUGCAGCACCUGGAAGCGGCGCGGGACCACUUCGACGACGGCCUGGCGCUCCGGCAGGCGGCCCCUCCGGAGGGCGGCGCGGGCGGGCGGCGGGCCAAGGAGGGGCGCAAGAGCGCGUCGGCCAAGCUGAGCGAGGAGGAAAUCAUCAAGUUCUCCACGCGGACAGCGCUCCAGGCCGAGGCGGUGCGCGCAUUCGGCGACGGCGAGGGCCCCCCCUGGCGGCACUCCCUGUUUGGCAACCCUGGCGACGCGGAGACGCUCCGGCGGCGCACCGCCGUCGCGGAGCAGCUCGCGGAGCGCAACUUCGACCUGGCCUUCCGCAUCAUCUACGACUUCCGCCUCCCAGCCGUGGCGACGUAUGCUGGCGCGGCAGCGUCCCUGGCGGCGCGGCGGCGCGGCAGCGGCGUGGCGGAGCUGCUGCGCAACAUCACGGGCACCAUCGACGAGGGCGAGCGCGACCAGGUGGUGAUGGCCGCCGUGCACGUGUACGCGCAGCAGCACAAGGAGCACCCCGCGCACCUCGUCGACCAGCUCUCCAACAGCCACCGGAAAGUCCUGGCAUGCGUGGCAAGCGGCCGCCUGAAGAGUGCCUUCCAGUUUGCAUCGCGUGCCGACAGUGCAGCGGACGUCCAGCUGGUCGCGCAACAGGCUCGUGAGACGGGUCAACUGAACGUGAUGGACUUGUGCCAUCAGUGGUUGGCAAAAAAGAUGCAGCCUGGAGCUACAGAGUGAAAGGAAUUCCGGACUCCGAAAAGUACAGAAAAAAGGACCAGGUUAUACCUCCAAAAUAAAGAACUCAGAAAACUGAGAUGUCAAAGCAUUUUUGGUCCGGCUAGUGCAGGCUCACAAACCAUUGAGAAAUUGCAUGUAUGGAUCCCAAAACGCGAUAUCCGAUCCAGAUGUUGAUCCGUUGGCGUAGGUUGAUCGUCUGUGCGUAGAUAGAUAAGUUACACAUUGAUCAACGUAGAGAGGCUUCAGGGAUCAUCAUAUGCGGCCUCUGCCACGUAUUGUUUCAAAAAACGCGUGGCUGCAGGUGUGUGCAACGUUUUGAGAAGCAUGCUGACGCUUUC